AUGAACCAGAUAAAUGUACACAAACGCCCCACGUUUUUAGUGGCUCAUCGCUAUCGCUGUCAUGGUCUUAUAGAUCGCGAAACGUUUCUGGGCUUCAAGAAGACCUAUGAAGAGGUGAUGAAGAAUAUUGCGGCGAAAAAGCUGGAUACUGAUCAAGACGAACUGUAGAAGUGCGUAUAUUAAGGAGUCUUUCUUGCUCUUUAACCUUACAUGUAAUGCCAGUUAAAUGAAUUGUACUCUAUGAUAUGUUACUAUGAUUGCAUUUUCUGUUUCUAUAGGUAUGUCCGUAGCCUCUUUGACUUCGAUAACUUUGCAGACUGUGUACCGAUAAACGCUGCAAAUCUAGCCAUCAUCUUCCACCCUGUUCAGGAGUGCAUGAAUGCAAUGGCUAGUCAAUGGAACCGCGAUAUUUCCAUUCAAAAGAGACAUAAGCCUUUCGUCUACACCAUCCAAACAGCAAGAGCGUUGAUCGCUUCCCAGCUGAAUGCUGCGCCCGAAGAUAUUGCUAUUGUAAGAAACGGUUCCGAUCCAAACGCCGUCAUCAAUAACGGUCUGGAUUACAAUCCAGGUGACAACAUUGUUUUGUUCGACCAAAAUCAUCCCACAAAUUCUGCAGAUACCGCCUUCGUCAUCCGAAAGUUGAGAUUUCCUAACAUCACUUGUCGCACAGUGAGCCUAACCGGUCCAUGGCCAGUUGAUCCAAGCCAGAAAGCAAUAAUCAACGCUUUUCUUGACAAGGUUGACGAUAACACAAGAUUAGUCAGUUUCAGCGAGGUAAGUGCAAGUUUCUGUUAUGCCUAUGAAUGGCAAAAUAUUUUAUAG